GGGCGGGGCCCGGGGCGGGGCCUACCACGGGCUUAUAGCUGCAGGGCUCUGCGCGGGAACGCUACCCUCGCCCAGAGUGAGGAACUGUCCGCUCGGUUGUUUGUUAACGUGUCUUCAAGCCUUCAGGCAAGAUGAGUGAUAAGCCAGACUUGUCUGAAGUGGAGAAGUUUGACAGGUCAAAACUGAAGAAAACUAAUACUGAAGAAAAAAACACUCUCCCCUCGAAGGAAACUAUCCAGCAGGAGAAAGAAAGUGUCCAAACAUCGUAAAAUGGGGAUCUCCUUGCAAGAGCAGAUUUCAACAUUGCCUGAGUGUCUUGGUUAUAGGCUGGUUUUUUUUUUUGUAAACUAAUGUGUUUGUAGAGAAUUUAGGUCUCUUUUUAUGUCUUCUCACCUGUACUCCCUAGUUAAGAGGUCAGGGGUAGCCAGUGCUCCAUCACCUUUGUUUUAAAACUACCAUUGGUAUGUACAUUCCAGAUGACUGAUGUCAGUAAUCUCACCGUUGAUGACCUCUGUGUACGUAGUCCUUGCACUCCCUACAGGAUAAGCCACUUUUAACCUCCUCCAAUGGGUUCCUCCAUUGCUCCAUGGUUUUCAUGAAGUUGCAUGCCCUAGCAACUUCUCACAGUUUAUUUUCAUUUCUAAUUUGGCAAUAAAAUAAUAAAUAUAACCACUA